AUCCGCGGAGCCAGGCCGCAGGGUGUGGGGAGCAGUGUCCCGAGUGCCUCGCGCACCAGUGUCCCCAGUCUUCACCGCUGGCCUCGGGGACGCCCAGGAGGCAGCGCCGAUCUGGUGUCUGUGGAAAUCCUUCUGACCACUGCUUCAGCCACCAUAGGAGUGACAAGAUCCUACCUGCCAGGUGAAGGGCAGACCACUGACUUUUGACCUGUACCUGCUGGUCCUUCUGACUUAUAUAGAGGCCCAGCAUGGGUGAAUUCAAUGAGAAGAAGGCAACAUGUGGCACGGUCUGCCUCAAGUACCUGCUGUUCACCUACAACUGCUGCUUCUGGCUGGCUGGCCUGGCUGUCAUGGCAGUGGGCAUUUGGACACUGGCCCUCAAGAGUGACUACAUUAGUCUGCUGGCUUCAAGCACUUACCUAGCCACAGCCUACAUCUUAGUGGUGGCUGGUGUUGUUGUCAUGGUGACCGGAGUCCUGGGCUGCUGUGCCACUUUCAAGGAGCGACGGAAUCUCUUACGCUUGUACUUCAUCCUGCUCCUCCUCAUCUUCCUACUGGAGAUCAUUGCUGGCAUCCUGGCCUAUGUCUAUUACCAGCAGCUGAACACAGAGCUCAAGGAAAAUCUGAAGGACACCAUGAUCAAGAGAUAUCAACAGUCAGGCCAGGAGGGUGUGACCAAUGCCGUAGACAAACUGCAGCAAGAGUUCCACUGCUGUGGCAGCAACAACUCUCAAGACUGGCGAGACAGUGAGUGGAUCCGCUCUGGUGAGGCAAGCAACCGUGUGGUUCCUGACAGCUGCUGUAAGACUGUGGUACCUGGCUGCGGGCGCCGGGACCAUGCCUCCAACAUCUAUAAAGUGGAGGGUGGCUGUAUCAGUAAGCUGGAGACCUUCAUUCAGGAGCACCUGCGGGUCAUCGGGGCUGUGGGCCUCGGCAUCGCCUGUGUGCAGGUCUUCGGCAUGAUCUUCACCUGCUGCUUGUACAGAAGCCUCAAGUUGGAACACUACUGACCGCGGUGCCAGGCCAGGCUGCCAGCCUUGCACUGUGUCCCACCCCACUACAAAGUACUACUGAGUUAGACUGCUGACUGCCGGAGGAAGCUGUCCUCAUGCCAUCCCGACCCCUGGCGACCCCACCUCAGGGGUAGCUCCAAGUGCCUUUCACUGCAUACCAAAGUCCCAAGGCUCGAGGCAGUGUACUUGUCCCAGCGUAAGAGAGGGGCCGGCUGCCAGUGCUGGGUUAGGCCUAGCUGGUAGAAUAGGGUUUAGAUUACUUGACAAAAGUGCCUCUUGCCCACAGGCUACUUUCCUUUGGGUAGCUGUGAUCUGUAACAAGUCUGGAGAAAACUUGGGCAUACCACCUGCAUGGUGGGUGGAAGCAGAUGGGAAGGGGCCGUUCUGGGUGGGCUAGGUACCUUUCAUGCCCGCUGCUGGGAACCCUCAGAUCUGCUUACCCCAAACUAAAGGGGCAAGCUGAGGGGAACCACAACCCCACAGUAUAUGCCUUGUCCUCUCCAUCCAGGCCUUUCUUGCUCCUAACAGCCUCAGCCCUGGCUUUUGCCCACUUCUGAUAACACCAUGCAAAUGCCCCACGUUCCUGUACACUGUCUCCUUUUGGAACAUCUCUGAAUGGGGCACGGCUGUUUUCAUCCACUGCUGUAUUCCAGAUUCCCACAUGUGCUCCUGCUAUGUAACAGGUGCUCAAUAAAUGUAUAAACGGUC